UUCCCAGGCAGCAUCGGGAGAGAAACGAAUAGGCCGCUUUCUUAACGACCUCUCGUGAGAGCGAGAAAAAGAGUUGAGAUAGUUGCCUUAGAAGCUAGUGGCUGCUAGGAAAAGGCAGAUGGCAUCCUUCAUUGUGAUGCUGAAGUUCUACACAGACAUAAGUAUUAUUAGCCAAAAAUGAUGUUACAAAAAUGUUUCCAAAGGGUGUAAAAUGUUUAAAUGAUGUAUAGGAAGUAAAAUAGAUAAAUUGAUUCCAGAUUAUCCUCUAAUAGUUUUUUAAAAAAUAAUUUCCAUUUAGUUUUUAAACAACAGAAUAAAUGUUAGUAAGAGUAAAACGUAUUUAUUAAAGAAAAUGUAUUUUUUAAAAAAUACCUCAAAUACUUUUGACAUUAACAAUAACAAAAAUUACCAAUAAUAUAGUGUAAGUGAAACUUUCACUGUUCCAUAUAUCAAAAUACUAUUUAUAUUCAUUGUUAUAAUUCAGUUUUUAAAGAAGAAAAUUGUUUGACUUGUUUAAACUUAUGUCAUCGGAUCAUACUGUCUGUUCUCCCAUCAAUAUGAUGCCAGUCCAAAGACUAAGAACUGACCACAAAUAUUUGGCAAUGAUUGUGUACCUGUUUGCUUAUAUGAUCUUAGCAUGCUACUGGUAAAUGCCAAGUCUCUCUGAAAUGAGAUUGUAUCCAGUCAUGAGUUGGUGGAUGAAUAGACAGAUCUGGUGUGCAUUACUGAGACCUGGCUAGACAAAAGUCAUGAUGCUAUUAUCCAAAAUCUGCCCAGCUGAGGACCUACAUUACAUCUUACAUUAACCUUGAGGGAGUGGCAUUGGUUGGUUGCUGUGGUGAAGUGGGAAUGUUUAAAUUGAGGCUGGAGGUCCUGUUAUUAUACUGGCUACUUGCCUCCCAGCAGAAACGCUCCCUUGACUUCUUGUCCUGGUUAUUGGGCUGGUGAUAAAGAUUCCCCUGCCUUUUGGUGUUGAAGGAUUUCAGCCUCACAUGUUGUGUACCAAUUAGGAUCAAACCCCAGAAUUCAGGAUCUCCAUGGCAACCAUUGGCUUAAUUCAGAUAAUCUUGGGCCUGUGUGAUCUGGAUGUAUAGUGUGUUAUUGUCAAUCUUUUGCAUGAUCAGAGAUGUAAUCCAGAUGCAACUGACUGCCAUACAGGAUCUCUAUUAGGUAAGACAUAUUUGAACAUCCACAGUAGGAACCUCAGACUUUCCAAAGGAUUUUCAAUGAGUACUUGGGGAAUUUCCCAAUAAAUCUAGCGAGUGAAUCUUUUGAAUGUCUGAUCUACUGUUGGCAGUAUUGGGCAACCUCCCUGAUGAACCCAGCCCCCAUAGCAGUCUCUCUUUAUUACUAUGGGCUUCAGGUUACCACUGUGGUUGGAACUGGAAUUGAAGUGAUUGUUAAAUAAAACAUCAUAUGACUGUGUUGCUUAGCAAUAGUUCCAGUUACCGUGAUUAGACAAGGACUACACAGUCAUUAGUAAGAACUCACACUUCUCCUACUCUGUGAACUGCCUUCAUAGAUUAGCACUAGCAUUUUAAAUUCCACUCAGAAGUCUAUUGGCAACAAAUAUACAGUAGUGUAUUAUAUAAUCAGUUGUGAUUUUCCCUGUCUGUGGUGAGAAGGUGUUGCUACCAUGAGAGAUGCUUUCUUCCCCAUUGAUUUAGACUACUGCAAUUUGCAGUAUUUGGGUCUGUCCUUGAAGGUCUCUCAGAAGCCGCAUUUGGUUCAGAAUGCAGCACCCCAUGUUCUUACUGAUUAUAUAAUACACUACGGUGUGGAAUUUAAAAUGCUAGUACUAAUCUAUAAAGCCAUAUAUGGUUUAUUGCCUAGUUGUGUGUAAGAUUAUAUUGUGCCAUUGGAAUUGGCCCUGCCAAUCUAAGGAGCUGAUACUAGUUCCGCCUUUUAGGGAGGUAAGUGGGAGCGAGGUGUGACAGCCCUGCUUUUCAGUGACAGAGCCUUUCUUCUGGAAUGGCCUUCAGUGGACAACUGGCUUGUCAUAGUAUUACCAUUAUAAUUGUAAUAAAAUCUUACAAUAAGGAACCAUUUCUGGACACAUGCAAGUCUAUGCUCUUAACAUUUCUUCAAAGUUAUUACAUUUUAUUGUAAUAACUUUGUAAAAUUGUAAUUAUUACAUCUGCAGAAUAGACUGAUAAUAGACAACCUUUUUUAACUUCUUCUGAGAAGUCCAGUAAGCCUGAAUAUUUCUUUCUGAAUAAGCCAAUCUUAAAUUGUAAACAUUUCUUAGAGUCUGAAAUGAUUGAUUUUAUGGUAUAAGAUAUUCCAAUUCUGUAUUACAGAUGACAGAUAUUUAUCUGAAAAUAAUUAUAUCUCUGAAAAAACAUAUUUGAUGUUGAUGACAGUCUCAGUAUUUCAAAAUGGAUGUUUAAUAUACUAGAAAUAAAUGUUUAAAGUCCUUUCAGCUUUGUUAGAUUCAGAUUUGGAAAUGUUCAUUUCUUUUAUUGAUGUGGCAUUAUUUUUAGGUUUUGACUGAAGCAUGCCUUCUGAUCAAAGUAAAGGACUGACACCUUAGUUGCUAUUUGUAACGGAAAUUAGGUAUCUUCUGCACCAUGAAAUCAGCUAGUGUUGGAGCAAGUAAACACUCAGUGCUUCCUCCCAUCAUCCCAGAGACUGACAAGGAAUUUCUGGAAAGCAUUCAGAGUUAUAUCAUUUCAGAGAUUGAAAACGUGGGGUGUACUGAGCAAGGACCAGCAGAGGAUUAUUACAUAAUAUACAGAAAUGUAUUUGAAAUGAUAAUUGAGCAUGUUAAUGCAUACAAAAGCAUUUUGACCACAAUCAAGCAAGAAUAUGAUGCUUUUAUAGAAGCAAUAAAGAAGGGCCAGCAUGAUGCCUUUUAUCUUCAUGGAAAAUUAAAAAUGUUAGCAUGUGAAUCUUCAACUUUAAUGUAUUAUAAAAAAAGAAUAACUCAGCUGGAAGAAAAAGUGAAAAGAAUUGAGAAGAAUUCUGCAAGAAUUGAGAGCUUAAUACAGAAACUAAAAAGUUUAAGGUUAACACUCUUAGCAAAAGAAGAUUCAACCGUAGUCAAGAAAGUUAAUCCUGCUAAAAAAAUUCCAGGGCUUAACAUGAAAGACUCGCUUGAUAUAGAUGUCCUUUCUAACCACUUAGCUCAUCUACAAAAAAGGUUGAAGGAGUUGAAAGAGGACAUGUUUACAAAAUACAUUCCCAUAGAAAACACAGCCAAUGUUGAAGAAGACAUGAAUUAUGCUAUUCAAAAGCGAAAUAUGGCUGAAAAAAAGAAUGAAAGCCUGAAGUUUUGUUUUUAUCGGCUAAAUCUGUUUGCAAGUGUGAUUAGUAUCUGGGAGAAUACAGACAAGAAUAUUGACACUCUGCAGCAGCUCAUAUAUCAGAUGAUAGAAAAUGAGAAACUUAUAAAAGGUUCAAUUGCUUCUAGUAUCUCAAGUGUAUUUGAACGUGAUCCUUCUAAAAGUAAAGAGGCAGAAGAUCUGAUUGAAUAUAUUGAACGGUUCAAUGAACUGUUUUCCCGUGGUCAGUAUGAGGCUGCAGCAACAUAUGCAGCAAACUGUCCUAGAGGAAUCCUACGCAAUGAAGAAACCAUGGAGAAAUUUAGGGCUGUUGGUCAUGUUAAAGGGAAGAUCCUCCCUCUGCUUUUGUACUGUGAUGCACUCAUAACUACAACCAUUGCUGUUAAGAAGCAUCUUCCUGCAAAUUUGACAACUGAAGCCAUCAAAUGUGCCUUAGCUGAGAAACGGUUGGACUUGGUGAUGCAUUGGGUCACUUUGCACAAAUUGGAAUUCUCUGAGGCUGCUGGUGAUGCAAUCUAUAAGUAUGCAGAUGUGGAUAUGCACAACAUGUCCCAGUGUCUAGCUUUGGCUCAAAUUGCAUACAGUGAGUGUGGGGCACACAAAAAAGCUGUUCUGUGCUUGUGCAGACAGGGCCAGAUUUAUGGAGCCAUGGAUUAUCUACAUCAUUUUCAACUUCUUUCCACAGAGGAUUAUGUCUUUCUACUGAAGCAUUGUCCUCGUAUAGAUUUCAUCCGUUGCCUUACUCAAGAAUGGAAUGGGAAACAACCAAUCAUGUCCCUUGGGGAAACCAUCCUUUCUCUCAUUGGAACAGAACAUCAAAUACAUGGCAUACGCUUGUUGGAGGAUAUUACCAAAAAGGGCAAGGAUACAUUGGAGCAAAUGAUUGUAAACGAUACCUGCAAUAUAGAAGGAUGGAAGGAGAUAGCUGAAACAUGCCUCAGUGUCAAAAAAGAAAAUUUACACAAACUUAUCAUCUCUGUCCUUGCUAGCCUAGAAGGAGUGUUUGAAAUUCCAGCAGAUGAUACAGAGGAUGCCAAAUUAAUGGAACAUGUGUUCUUGUAAUUUUUCCACAAACACGUGGAGGAACUGUUUCUCCCAGGAGUUGUUUAUAUUGGCUGCACAAAUAACAAUACAAUUUCUUAAUGUUACUUCUGUUUUAAAAAUGCAAUAUACCAUGAACCUGAUUUGAUUGUGCUACAAUUGCUACUCAUGCUUGAUUAUUUGCUCUUAUUUUACUUUAAAAAUGAUGUCACUUUUUAAAGUAAUUUAGCUAUGUUUACACCAGACUACUUGUGAUUUUUCUUCCCGUUUUAAGUAAUUUGUUUUCUCCAAUUUUUUUCUUCAUAGGGACAGGAAGUUGAACCAGUUGUUGGAGAAACAGUCUUUCAUCUCCCCAAAACUCACAUUUGUUUAAUUUUUAACAUAAUGUUGCUUUUAUGCUUAUACACUUAGUGGCAAAAUUAGAAAUUAUCUCCAAUGUACACAUGGAUAGGAUGCUCAUAACCUAGCUAUACAGUUAUUCUUUCCAUUCUGUGAACUGGACUGAAACUGGAAUAAUUCCUAGUUUCUCCCACAGAAUCAAUAUUUUUGUGGUUUAAUAGUUAUAUAACUUUUGUAGUCUUUCUGUGUGUGGUUGUUAGAUUAUGAAAGGUAUAGUCCUAAUGCACCCUGAAGGUACCAAGUGGUGUUUAGGCUACCUUAUUGAACAUAGAUUCAGCAUUGAUUUAUAUUUAUGCUAUAAAUGAGUUAUUUAGAAAAAAACCAUCCUAUUAUGUAUCAUUUUGUUAUACUUCAGACUACUAACAAAUAAAGCAAGUUACUAAAAUUAUAUCUCUAAAAUAAUUGCAUUUGAAGGUAGAUUUUCAUCCUUAUUAUAUAGUAUCUAUGUUCCUUCCUUUACAGCAAGCAGUUCAUUUCUUUCACCUCAUAAACUUGCCAUGUAAGCAGGGAAAGGCCACAGCUUGAAGGUAAUAUAAAUUGGUUAUUGAAGAUUUUCUUGUAGUCAUAUCCAAUUAUAUUUCACAGGUAGAAAUAAACCAAGAAAAAAAAUUCAUGCUCAACUAUGUAUUUACUCUUCACCAUAAUGUGUAUUAAGCAGGUUGAUAGGGAACAGCUUAGAGUUAGAUAUGGAUUUGUGACAGAAGGGUGAAUAUCAGGAACUAUGGUAGUAUGGCUGAACAUUUACUUUUCUUUUUCAUUUCCCCAUUAUUUCUUUUCAAAGAUUUUGUCAGCACAUGGCCAAAUAUAUGUUGUGAGAUAUGCUGUGCUAUGUUUGAAUGUCUUUUUAGUUCUUAAGAUUGCAGUGCUUGGUAUAUAAAGUAAUAAUACAAGUGAAGGACAUUCUCAUUCUGGGAAGCUGUAACUCUGUAAUCGUAUAUGCAAUAACCACUCUUGAGGGAGGAUAUUGAAAUUUUUUACAUAUGUUCCACCACCACCACCACCCUCUCUCUCAAAGCAAAUUAAAAAAAAAAAGCCACAUCAAGCACAAAUGGUCUCAUAGUUUGCUCCAAGAUGUUGAAUUUUGACAGCAGGAUGGGACCUCAUCCAAAUUCCAUCCUUUCAGAUACUGUAAAUUGCCAGCUCACUAGUUUACUGCAUUGUCUUUAGACAACAUGUUAAGUUUAGGGAGUUUUGCUGAACACCACUCAGCACAGAUUUUCUGUUUCAUUGGCUCAGAAAAUCAUGGUUGGAAUCUUGUGUCACCAGGAAUCUGCAUAUAAUCCUGUUAAUUGAGUUUAAAUUGGAUAGUUGUGGUUCACAGACUCCUAAUUUAUUAAAGGAGCCUUUCUUAAGAAAAUGUAACUUGGUUCAUUUAUUUAAGAAUAUAACAUACCAUAUGCAUUAUAUAUUUGUGUGUGUGUGUGUGUGUGUGUGUGUGUGUGUGUAGAAAAAGAAAGUCUAGGCAAGUAAACUUAAGUGUUUUCAAAUGAUAGUCAUUUUGUAGAAAUGCAUGGCAGUUGUUUCUGGCUUAAUUUGCCCUGAGGCACACUAUAUAUACAGCUUUGCACACACAUAGCAAAAGUGAUUUCUGCAUAUAUGAUUACAGAAUUACAGCUUGUGAAGCAAUUGUUGGGAGUCUCCUUGGCUUGAGCUACUAGUUUAUAUACAAGGCACUGUAAUCUUGGGAACAAGAAAGGCAUUCAAACAAAAUUUCUCAUAAAAUACAUUUAUGCUUGUCUUGGCAAAAUCUUUGCAAAGCAAGAAUGGGGAAGUAAAAAAUAUAGUCCUAACACAAAGAAAAACUCCCCUUUACAACUGAUUUCCUAAGUUCAAAAUGUUGUCCAUUGAUGGGAGUUAAUUUAAAAUAACAUACAAUUUAAAAGAAACACACAAGAUGCUUAUAUUUACAAGCCAUAAGGGGUGUUUAGUAGAAGCCAAAGGUAAUCAUUAAUACGAAUUUGCAUUGAAUUUAGUGUUACUCCUAGGAAAAUGUGUACAGGAUUGCAGUGCUUAUAUUUACUUUUACAUCCAUAAAGUUAUAAAAUAUUAAACUUU